CAUGAUGAUCUCAAUUUUUUUCCUAUACAUUGUACUUUUAAAUUUGAGGUAGAGGAAGAAAAAUGGUGAGGUAGUAAAAGAAAAGCAAUAUCUUUUGAUUAAUGGAGCUAGUUUGGAUUAUAAAUUUCAUAAAAAAAAGGAUGGGAAAUUCUUUAAAUUAAUUUGGUAGCUUAAAUACUUAUUUUCAAUAAGAUUGGUACCUUUGAAUAAAGCUCAUCCUUUAAUUUCUACAAUUGAAUAAUUUAGACCAAUAAGGCUUAAAGUCAUUUUAUUAAGUUAAUUGAAGUCUUUUUUAUACCAAAAUUUAGGCAAAUCUCAACAAAAAAAAUCCAGAAAAAAUUGGUUUUGUAAAUAAGAUGGUUGUUAGUAUCAUGUAGGAUAAGUAAUUGAGAAAUUGAAAGAAAAAUAUUACAUAAGAAGUAGCAUAUAAUUGCGUUGAUG